AUGGGCAUCUCCGGCCUUCUUCCACUGCUGAAGUCGGUCCAGCAACCAUGUAGCCUCAAAAAGUACGCCGGCAAGACGAUUGGCGUAGAUACGUAUGGUUGGCUGCACCGUGGUACCGCAGCCUGUGCCAUCGAACUGGCGCUUGAGAAGCCGACAACCAAAUAUGUCGACUUCGUCAUGCACCGCGUCCGUAUGCUUAUCCACUUCGGCGUCACACCCUACCUUGUAUUCGAUGGAGACAACCUACCGAGCAAAGCUGGCACGGAGAAGGGUCGAAGAGAGCGGAGAAAAGAGGGCAAGAGGCUUGGACUCGAACUUUUGGAAGUUGGCAAGACAGCACAAGCGCAACAGGAGUUACAGAAGAGCGUUGACGUGACGCCGGAGAUGGCGCGCAUGGUCAUCGAAGAGCUGAAGCGAAACAAUGUCCAGUACGUUGUCGCUCCUUACGAGGCUGAUUCGCAACUGGCAUAUCUGGAGCGGAAGGGCAUCAUCGACGGUGUCUUAUCCGAAGAUUCGGACCUGCUCGUCUUUGGCGUCAAAUGUCUGAUAACAAAGCUUGACAAAUGGGGAGAGUGCAUCGAGGUCAACAGAAAUCACUUUACUGCCUGCAGGGAGGUUAGCUUGGUGGGUUGGUCCGACGCCGAUUUCCGAAGAAUGUGCAUCCUGAGUGGUUGCGACUACCUACCGGGCAUUGGUGGACUGGGCCUCAAGACUGCCCACCGCAUGCUGCGGAAGCACAAGACUGUCGACCGUCUUGUCAAGGCUGCUCAAUUCGACGGCAAGCUCAAGGUGCCAGCUGGAUUCAUGGAGUCAUUUGAUCAAGCAGAGAAGACCUUCCUCUACCAGUGGGUCUAUUGUCCAGUCGCAAAACAACUGGUCAAUCUUACGCCACUCGACGAGGGUGUCAACCUUGCCGACAUGCCUUAUAUCGGAGAAGAAGUACCUUCACAUAUCGCCACGGGUGUUGCCAAGGGUGAACUAUACCCACGUACGAAGCUUCCGAUAAACGUCAUGGGUAAUAGGAGAACUAGCGGAAUACCUCUUGCCUCUUCUCGCAGGGCUUCAGCAGUUGUACAGACACCGGAUGCGAAAGGUAUGAAGCCUAUCGACUCGUUCUUCAGAGCCAAGCGUACUCCUUUAGCGGAGUUGUCUCCAAACUUGUUCACGCCAUCACCAAGUCAGCAAGUACUAUUGGAACAGCAGCGAGAAUCUAGUGGAUGGGCUGCAGUACCUGCCCCAAUCUCACGCUUGCGGCCGCAUCCGCCAACGCCGAGUACGGCGCCUCAACCACCCCGUCGUACGAUGACUGAUCCAACGGCCGGUCGGCGGUCGGUUCCGCAUCCUUCUAAGAGACAACGACUGUGCUCCGAUUCCGUUUCCGAUACCCCUACUGCAGGCGGCGAGGGCAUCGUCCGUAGUGAAUUCUUCAAAUCUUCCAUACCAGAGCCGAGCCCAACAUUACACCGAGCGAAGAAGAGUAGGAGAAAAACUGAUCAGGAUUUUGAGCUUUACUCAGAUGACUCCAUCCAGGAAGUUAUGGUCGAGGUGGCUGAUCUAGAAGAAGCUGCGACUCAAUCCAAGAAAAAGCUACGCGUCUUCAGCGACACGCAGUCUAGCGGAGGAAGCGAAUCACAGUCGACUGUCUUCUCUAGAGGCAGUACUGCGCAAUCUCAGGAUACUAUCGGUACUCUCACACCAGCAUCGUCACCGGAACCCGAUUCAGUUUUCAGCACUGCAAUGUCAUCUCAGAUGAGUGAAUUGCGGACGAAGUUCACCUACAAAUGUCCCUCGCCAUCACUGGGUGUACCGCGAGCCAACAAAAGCCGUCCAAAUCGUCGACCUGCUGAGGCAUGGCAACCUACACCAUCACCUCGAGAAAUCACACCCACAUUCGCUGCCGUGCUCGAUGCUGAAUCCAUACUCCCCGGAACACCGUCCAAGAAGGAUGGUGGAGUGGGGCUUGCAGACUCUACUUGGACUGCUACAGAAACCGACGUAAUCAUAGCUGCGAGCUCACCGCCUCCUAUGACGCCUGCGAAGAGAAGGAGAUCAUCAUUGAAGGGAAGUGAGGACCUCCUUGUGCCGGACAGCGAAGCCGAAAGCGAGUGCUCGCCCCGAAAACCCAUGUUCAACCUCAAGCGAUUUGCAUUUGCCGGUUAG